CGUCACCCCCAUUGACCAUUCCGCGAAAAUUUGGCCCUUUCUUCGUUGAGACCGCCGAGAAUUCCAGAGAGAGAGAGAGAGAGAGAGAGAGAGAGAGAAUGGCGACAGCGAUUAGGCAAUUCCAACCGUCGGCCACCGGAACAGCCACCUUGACUAUUACCAUAGACGAAGCAUCCUCCCAACCUGAGGCCGCAUCGUCCUCGUCGUCCUCGUCCUCUCAUCAGCGGCCGCGGAACGAAACCCUAGUUCUGACCUUGAAGCCAAAGAAGAAGAAGAAGGUGACCUGGAAGGAAGGGACGGUCGACAACGAGUUCCUCAAUAGGAAAAGCUCUAAGAAAUGCUGUAUUUUUCACAAGGACAAGCCUUUCGACGAAGAUUAUAGUGAUGAUGAGGAUGAAAACAAAGGUCAUUCGAAUGAUCAUCAGCGCAAUCACGAUCAUGGAGGUUGCGGUAACUGCGGAGAUCAUUGAUUGAUGGAGAUCGUAAGUGUAACAAAUUUAUGAUAUAGCCAAAAAUGAAAGAGCUUCUAUUUUUUGUUUUUAUUUUUAUUUUUUUGCCGAAUUUCAGAGGAUUUGGAAUAUGUUUGUGUAGAAAUUCGGAGUAUGGUCCGACGGUAAUCGGAGAUGAUGAAUUGAUGUUAUGGCAAUUUUUAAUUCAGUUCUUCUGGAUUCAGAUACUCCGAAUAUAAUUUAGUCUCUUUUGUUUGUGAAUUAUGAUUAUCUUUAAAUCUGAAUAGCAGUUUGUAUGGAUGGUUUGGA